AUGCUGGCGUUUAUAUUCCGCGGUGUCUUUCUAGUCGGCAUUGUCUCCUGGUACAGCACGAGCGUUUGGAAGAUGAUCGACGGCUACUUCAAGGAUCGAUUCCAGAGUUACCUCCGGGCCGAGUACGACAAGAACCCACAAAUGCUCGCCGACCUCCAGGCCUACCGCGCGGCCGCUGGUAAGAAGAGUCCAUCCUUACCGACCGUCGUCGCGCCAGAACCGGACAUCACCGAAGCCGUUCGGGUCUGCUCGGCCGAAGUUUCCCCAGCCAGUAACAGCAUGGAUCAGAGGGAAGGAUUUUCGGACGGUGAAAAGCAGCCGGAAACUGCAACCGCAACCGAGUCGCCUCUGAUGGUCGAGAGGAAUGAGAGCAGGAGAGUAGAUCACGCCGACGAACAAUUGAAAAACGAUUCCACGAAGAGGAGAAAGGUCAAAGAAACGAGACCGACGAGACGUAGGUCCAUCGAACGAGGGCAGCCCGCGAAGAAGAGGCUGAAGACCAUCACCCUGACGGAGAAGGACUUCGCUUCGGCAAGGGUCAAGGUCACACCUAAGGACUUUGCCGAAUUUGAUACUAACGAGAACGCCGUGGAGAGAAUUGAAGACGAAUCUCACGGCGUUCUGGUGUCCAAACUUCCGUUCAAACCUAAAGCGGAUAUCGGAGAGCUUCGAAGGGUUUCGGAGGAGGAGUUCUGCCCUCUGACCUUAGAGGACGAGGUCUCCUGUCAGGAGACCAAAACUUGGCCUUGAUGCUUGAUUCGCACGUAUGUUAGGAUCUUGAACGAGUAUUGUGAAAUUUUUGCCAUUAAAAAACCAUUGGAUUUAAGUAAACCGAAACAAUUUCAAGACACUUUUUAAUUUGUCGCUGAGAUUCCUAGAUCUGACCAUCGUCGAAU